AUGUCAACUUCAAAGAUAGUGUUGAAAAGCUCAGAUGGCGAGACCUUCGAGGUGGAAGAGGUCGUGGCGUUGGAGUCUCAGACCAUCAAACACAUGAUUGAAGACGAUUGUGCCAGUACCAUCAUUCCUUUGCCGAAUGUAACAAGUAAGAUCUUGUCUAUGAUCAUCGAAUACUGCAAGAAGCACGUCAAGACCACCAAGUCCGAAGAAAAAACUUGCGAAGAUAUCUUCAAAACCUUUGAUGCCAACUUUGUCAAAGUUGACCAAGCCACCCUCUUUGAUCUCAUCUUGGCUGCAAACUAUUUGGACAUCAAGAGUUUGUUAGAUCUGACAUGUCAAACUGUGGCAGAUAUUAUCAAAGAUAUGACUCCAGAGGAGAUUCGCAAGAUUUUUAACAUUAAGAAUGACUUCACUACUGAAGAAGAAGAUGAGGUCCGUAAGGAGAAUGCAUGGGCGUUCCAGUGACACGUGAAGAAUGCUAUGCAAUUUUUUAUUUAUGUUAUGUUUUGUUUUUUAUUUUAUUUUAUUUUAUUUUAGACAUUGGUGAAAUACAUGGUUUUCUUUUUGCUUUGUGCAAACCUUCACCUUCCUUUCCAAUAAAUAUGAACCUUAUUUUAUUGCCAUGUUAAAUUUAACAAUUUUAUUACUUUCUUCUAGAAUUUGAUAAUUAGGUUUCGUAUCCAUUAGUUUAAUUUUUGCAAUGUCAAAACCACCCUUUAAAUAAAUAAAGUUACAUAUUUAUUUGAUGGGACAAAAGUGAGUGUCAAAAACUGAC